AUUCUUUCGGAGUAAUGCUCAAUGCCUCCGACCACUGGUCGGGCAUUUUCCAUGCACCUGCCUAGUGGCCCCUUUUACCAACAUGUAUACUUUUUUUUUACUAAAUGAGGGCUCUCUAAAACCGAGAGGUGGGGGUCCGCUCAUCGCCUACCCCCUCUAGUUCCGCUCCUGAAAAAGCGGACAUAAGUAGCCUAAUUUUCUGUGGAUAUGUCAUCAGUCGAGUGCGCCACAAGCGUCUCCACCAGGCCAAGGUAAACACCGAAGAACAUGGUCUAUAUAUAUAUAUAUAAUUCCUGUUUACCAGUUCAAACAACGAAAGUGGUCUAUACCCCUGCUUAUUUCAAAGUCUGUGUUUGCUUGUUUAUAUACGGUCUACCUAAAAAUGGCUGGUAUUAAGUACACCAAACAAUCAUCGAAUCUAGCAACAUUAGAAUCACGAAUAUUGCUUCGGAUUAGUGUACUAAUUCUUGUAUUUUAUGUGGAGCCUAAUGGUGGCCGGAGUAUUGAUGACCUAGUUGCAGAUAACCUACGUGUAAAUGAAGGGGACAGUGCAGUCUUGCCCUGCUUCUACUUUCCAACCAACGCCGUUAUCGGCAAAUGGUACUGGAAGACGAAUAAAACUGUCAUUAUAAGGUCAGACGGACCAUCAGAACAAAACUCGAGGUAUUUACUGGGUGACGCAACAUCCGGGAAUGUCAGCUUGGUUAUUAAAAAGGUUUUGCGAUGGGACAAGGGUACAUAUACAUGCGGAGUCAACGACCAGUCUACAGGAUCAGCUGUACCCAAUUCCGAUGACAGCAAAUUAACAGUAAACUAUCUGGAUAACCCUAAAAUUAAGGCACUUACCGACACACGAAAACCUAAAGGUACGCAAGUAUCUAUGUCAUGUAAUGUUGCGUCGUCAAAUCCGGAAGUAAGUUUACUCACGUGGUUCCAUAAUGGUGACAACAUAUUCAAUGAUUCUGACAAAUACAUUUUCAACGAUGAAAUAUUAGAAAUAAUAUCAUUUGAUGAAAGUGAUGAAGGAAACUAUAGCUGUAGAGCUGAAAACAAAUUCUUUUUCGGAGAAAAUGGAAAAUAUAGUAAUUCAAUUACAUUCAGCUUUCUAAAAGAACAAAUUCCGUCCUCGUCAUCCAGUUCUCAGAUUUGGCUAGUGUUCAUCAUUAUCCCCGUUCUGAUGAUAGGCGUCUUAGUUGUGAUAGCCAGAUACUUUUUGAAGAAUCGUGAGGAAAAUAUACAUCGCUUUGAUGACUAUAUAAAUAAAAUUGUAAUUAAAAAAAAUCAGAAAAAUCAAAUAAAUAUAGAGCCAGCACUGGAUGAUUUUUUACCAGCAGAAUACCAAUACAAGGGUAAACAAACUUUUAAUCAAUUGUCUUUUUUAAAGUGUAAUUUGGAUAUGUUGCAAACGUGGAACUACUGA